AUGGCGUUGGAGGAACAAGAAAAAAAGGUGACUGCAGAGAGAAAAACCCAUUCUAAACCUGUAAAGAAAAAGGCUAUACUUCUUAAUGAGCCAUUUAAAUCUUUCAGCGAAGGAGGGCAGAAUAGCCCACUUCUUAACCAAAUGAAAACAGAAAUACGGAGGCUGUAUGGUGAAAAAGUAAAUAUGGUAAAUACAAAUUAUAUUAUGAAGCCACAUGAGUUCAAGUGCCUAGCAAAAACGCUUUCUAAAAGACUUUGGAACGAAGAAAAAACGCUACAGUCUGUGGAUGAGUUGAUAUACGCGGUUGAUUUGCUCUGUAAUGGGCAGGGCUUGCAGGAAGAAGCAGAAGCAGACGAGCAAACCCUAAGCUCCAAGGAGGCGCAAACAACAAUAAGAUUUAUUACAUCCGAACUGAACAGUUUAGUGCCGCAUGAAGAGACUCGAAGCACAGAAGAAGAAGGGAAAAGCCCGCUCUCAAGCAUUCUAGGAUCUCUUAUGGGGGCAAAGGAGCAAAUAAAAAAAGAACUUGCGCGUGCUGGGCACAGUACAGUGGAGUCUCUUGUUAUGGAGAAAACGCGGCAAAAGAAUCUUAUUAAUGCCAUUACAGAGGCAUUCUCAAUCUCACCAUCUGAUGAUAUUCUUCGCGCGCUGAAGGAAAUGCAUCUGCAGGAAGAAAGAAAGCAAAGAGACUACAUUCAAGUAAAAGAAAAGAACUUUGAAUGCCAAAAAAGACAUUUUGAUGAGACAAUGAGCCUGGCAGCAGAGAAGAUAUCUUGUCUAGAAAGCAGAAACAAGGAACUGACACAGCUUCUGCACGAAAGAGAAGACAAAGCAUCCGAAGUUCUUGAUAGAGGAGAUGCUCUACAGCAAAACAUUCUGCAGAUAAAGCAAGUUCUUGCUGAAGAGGAGCUAAGAAUACAGCAGGAGCGAGAGGAGUACAAAGUGGUCAAAAAAACUCUUAUUGACUAUAAUAAGAAAAUGACCAAAAUUGUCCAAGAGCUAGUUGAGCGCAUUAAAAAAGAGCAGCGUGAAAGAGACGCAUUGGCUAAAAUGGAGGCUGAAGGAAAAUAA